AUGAAUUCCAGCGCGACGACGAAUGUGAGCGCAUACGGCCCCAGCAGUGCCUCUGCAGAGGCCUUCAGCAAUGCCGCGCCUGACGACUCCAACGCCCUCUGGCCGCAGGCGCCGGUGCAGCUGGCUCGCGGCCGCCAACCACGCGACGCGCUGGCCAAGAUCAUCCAGUACAAUGUCGCGUCCAUGGACGAGUUCGAGGUGGCCCUGCGCGAGUACCUGAAUGCGCCGCCCGAGCAGCCCGAGCACACCGAAGCGCAGCUGAGCUUUUGGAUAGGCACCAGCUUCAUGGUGUCGGCCCCCGCCCCAUACCCGACGACGUCACAGCAGCAGCAGCAGCAGUCGCCGCCGCCGCCGCCCGCACCGCACCUCGCCCAGCAGAAUCCGCACGCGGCCCCGGGCUUCCAACCGGCGAACGGCUUCCAAGCACAGUACGGCGAGCCCUCGCACGCGUACCAGUCCGUGUCCGACCCCGCCAUCGCCCUGACGCUGCCGCCCAGCUUCCCGCCGCCGGCCAUAGCGCCCGGCUCGAGCAGCAGCAAUGGCGGCAAGAAGCUGGAGCACAAGGUCAGCCUGAGCAUCAUGGAGGCCCUGCAGCCUACGGUCGACCCCAAGGACAAGAUGCGCAAGCAGCGCGCCAUCGCCAAGUGCUGCGUCGACGCCAUACAACGCAUCGACGGCUACCGGUACAGCUUCCACAACUGCUGGAACAGCAGAGAAGACGACAGCUUCCGCUUCUCGUACUACUGCAACGACUCGCUGCUCAACAAGGACCGCGCUGCCAAUGGCAAGGGUGCGAAGCUGGGGAAGCGUGCCACGAAGCCCGUGUACGACUGCAAGGGUGUGCUUUCGAUCAAGUUCUCGGCGGUAAAGGAGACGCUGGACGUCUUCUACAAGCAUGUUCCCAUGCACAAGACCUACGAGGAGCGGGCCCCGCCGCCACGCAAAGACUCAAAGAGGCGGAAGUUCUUGGAGGAGCACGACCCUGAAGCGUUGCAGAGGCUGAUCAAUCGACCGAAAGACGAAGAGGCAGAGCCAACACCAAGACCGCUGAAAAAAGUGAAGAAACCACCUAGAUUCGAGCCACCAAGGCCGUCGCACACGUCUCUGGAGAGCGACCUGAGGGCACAGAGUCUGCAGUCGUUGUUGCUGCUGAUCAGAGACGAUCCGUCUGCGCCGCCAGAACCACCUCCUCCAGAACUGGAGCCACCUGUUCAGCAGCCCGUUGUGAAUUUGCUGUCGCCGAUUCAGCCGCCUCGGAACCAGACUGCUCAGCAGCAGCCGCCGAGGAGGCGGCCCCGGAACAGCUGCGAUGUAUGCAAGGCGAAGAAGACAAAGUGUGACGGCGUUCGACCAAGUUGCCAGACUUGUAUUGACAAGAAGCGGUCCUGCUACUACUCAGAUCCACCCCCCAGCGAUGAUCGUCGACAGUCACUUACAGUCAGCGAGCCCGCGUGUCAGGCGCCGGCACUUAACCAUGAACUCUCCGAGUUGGAGAAGAUGAAGAAGGAACUUGACGAAGCAAAAGCCCGGAUCCAGCAGCUGGAACACGAAAAGCGAGCGUCUACGACGCCUGUUCAGGCAACGCAGACAGCAACACGACCGCACUCGCAACCACAGCCGCCGCAGCAGCCUCACACUCAGACUCAACAGCGGCCAUCAAUAUCACAUGCGCAGCCACAUACGCAAACGCAGCAAUCACAGCAGCAGCAAGUACAGCAGCAGCAGCAGCAGCAGCAAGUACAGCAGCAGCAAGUACAACAACAGCAACAGCAGCAAGUACAACAACAGCAACAGCAGCAAGUACAACAACAGCAACAGCAGCAAGUACAACAACAGCAGCAGCAGCAAGUACAACAACAGCAGCAAGUACAACAACAGCAACAACGUCUCCAACAAGCGGCCCAGAACCAUCGUCAGCAGCUCGCUCAACUCAACCAAGUAGCUCAGCGCCGCAGCCCCCAGCAGAUGACAUACAACUCGGAUGGUCAGCCAGUGCAGCAGCAACAACAGCAGCGCCUACAAAGUCCACAACGACUUUCACAAACAGCACAACAACAGCUUCAAGCCGCUGCACAAGCUAUGCCCAUGCAGGCCCAGCAAAGCUUCUUCACAGCCGCGAACCACUCACCUUACAGCACCCUGAGUCGCUCCAUGACGCAAGGCUCUAUAUCUUCGCAGCCCACCCAGAACGCACUAUCUGCCCAGAACUCCUUGUCAUCAACUACUGGGCUCGGGCAGACACAGCAGCAGGGCCAACUGCACAAUAGCGGUAGCCUUGCCACCGGUGGGCCUGUUGAUGCGGGCAGUCUCUAUGGGAGCGCUGGUAGAGGUGAUCUUAAUUGGUCGCCCGCGGCGUAUUAUGGGUAUCAGAGUGCGCAGCAGCAACAGCAGCAGGAUCAGUGGGCGGCGAGGGGGAGUAAUGUCUUUAGGUGA